AGAUGCUUUGAGCAAGAACAGUGCCUUCUUACUAACAUGGAACAAUUUGGAGGACUGAGAGGCACUGAUAGAGCUGAGGUGAGCUCAGGCUAUAUAGAAAGUUAUUGGGGAAGAGGAAGGGAAAAGUAGCCCAAUUAUGAAAGCAGGGGAUAUCUGCAGAACUUUAAAAACCUAAGAACCUGACCUAAGCUUAUUAGCUUGCUGCUGACAUGAGAAAAACCACAUCAAUUUUCUUCAUAUUCAUGGCUUGUAUUGCAGAGUUGGCCUAGACCACGGAUGUCAAACUUGCCGCAUCACGUUAUGUGUCGCGAUGUAUCGCGAGUUUUUUUUGCAUUGCCGGAGCUGGAGUGGGCACUGCCCACAGGCCAGCAGUUUGACACCCCUGGACUAGACCAGACUAGACUUUUAUGACUCGUGGACUUCAACUCCCAGAAUUCCUGAGCCAGCCAUGCUGGCCUAGACAGUACAUAUAAGAAUCAGUUGGCCAAAUUUCCUUCAUAAUAAGAAAUAAUGUUGCUAGAGUGAGCAGAUGCAAAAGUGUCUUGACUGCUUUCCAGGUAGAAAGGAGAACUGUUGCUGAUAUAAAGGCCUAGGGCCUAGGCAAUCAAGGAAGGAAUACAACGGUGGCUGCAGUCGGACUUCUGUUUUUAGUGAUCAAAUGGAUGAGAUUAGUAGGGACCGAGCUAAUAGUCCUGGAUAUAAAUUCCAUUGAAUCCAGUAGUUCUGAACUUACGACCACAAUUGAGCCCAAAACUUCUGUUGAUAGCAAAAAGUCCAUAAGGGGCUUCCAGUUACUGACAUCUGUAAUUGUUGUCUUUCCUCUGGUCAAGUGUCAAUUUUUCCAAGCUAAAGGAGGAAAAGCCAUGUCUUCACUUCUCUACAGUCCUCGUAUACAACUGGAUGACAAUCUUGUUCAAAUGCAACAAGGAACAAUGAUGCGCAAGGUGAAAUCCAAGAACUGGAAGAAACAACGCUACUUUCUGUUACAGCAGGACUGCAUGACAGUCUGGUACAAAUCUAAGAUGUCUGGCAAAGCCAAAUCAGCCUUUUCUGUAAGUGAUGUGGAGACAAUCCGUGAAGGACAUCAAUCGGAGGUGCUGCGAAGUCUGGCUGAGGAGUUCCCUGCUGAUUGCUGUUUCACUGUUGUCUUCUAUGGGCGGCGAAGCAAUCUCGAUCUCAUUGCUAGUUCAGCUGAGGAGGCUCAGUGUUGGAUUCAAGGUUUGCGGUGCCUCAUAAAGGCGGUCAUUAACAUGGAUCAAAAAGAGAGGCUUGAUCAAUGGAUCUGUGACUGGUUUUUAAAAGCUGAUAAAGACAAUGAUGGUCGCAUGAACUUCAAAGAGGUGCAGCACUUGCUUAGGAUGAUGAAUGUGGAUAUGAAUGAAGACCGUGCCUUCCAGCUCUUCCAGAUGGCUGACAAAUCAGAAACAGGGUCGCUGGAGGGAGAGGAAUUUGUGCUGUUCUACAAAGCACUAACUCAGCGGGAUGAGGUGCUUGAGAUUUUCAAGGAGUAUUCUGAAGAUGGGAAGAAGCUGACCCUCUUGGAAUUUGUGGACUUCUUGCAACAGGAGCAGAUGGAAAUUGAGGGCACUGAUGAGCUUGCAAUGGAACUGAUUGACAGAUAUGAACCAUCUGAGACUGGCAAAGCUCGCCAUAUACUGAGCCCAGAUGGAUUCCUCAUGUAUCUUUGCUCACCAGACGGCUCCAUCUUCAACCCUGAGCACAGGAAGAUUUUCCAGGAUAUGUCUCAGCCUCUUGGCCAUUAUUUUAUCUCUUCCUCUCACAACACGUAUCUGAUUGAGGACCAGCUGCGAGGACAAAGCAGUGUUGAAGGAUACAUCAGGGCUCUCAAACGGGGCUGCCGCUGCUUAGAGGUUGAUUGUUGGGAUGGACCGAAUGGAGAACCAAUUGUCUAUCAUGGCUAUACAUUCACUUCUAAGAUCCCUUUCCGUGAUGUUGUGACAACUCUUGAGAAAUAUGCCUUCUGGGUUUCUGAUUAUCCCAUCAUUCUAUCUAUUGACAAUCACUGUAGCAUAGAACAACAAGACAUCAUGGCACAACUGCUGAAAGGCAUCCUGGGAGAAUGUCUCCUCAUCAAGACCAUUGAUGACCUUGUUCCUGUGCAAUUGCCUUCACCUGAACAGUUGAAGGGCAAGAUCAUUCUAAAAGGCAAGAAGAUUGGAUAUCUGGAAGAUUCUCUGAAUGAGCAUCCAGACAAGAUGCCUGAACGGGAAGAAGUUAUUGACGAGGAAGGAAACGAGAUAGAAGAAGAGGCCCUGCGCAGUGAAGACAAGAGAAAAGAGAAGAAAGGUAAACAUUCCCUCUCCAAGGAACUUUCGGAUUGUAUUAUCUACUGUAAGAGUGUACCUUUCUACAACUUCCAGCAUUCUUGCAGCCAUUACAAGUCAUAUGAGAUGUCUUCCUUCACUGAAUCCAAAGCUCGCAAGCUCAUCCGAGAAGCUGGGAAUGACUUUGUCCGCCAUAAUACCUGGCAACUGACACGGAUCUUCCCCAGUGGGCUACGGACGGACUCCUCCAAUUUCAACCCCCAGGCGAUGUGGAAUGUGGGGUGCCAAAUGGUGGCCUUGAAUUUUCAAACGGCUGGUACAGAGAUGGACUUGUAUGAUGGGCUUUUUAGUCAAAAUGGCCGCUGUGGUUAUGUGUUGAAGCCAAGUUUCAUGAGGGAUAGAGAGACAGCCUUCAGCCCUGAGAACCAUGAAAGCAGGGGUGAAGGUAACCCCUUGAGCUUAAUGGUUAAGAUCAUUAGUGGGCAGCAGCUUCCCAAGAUUCCCAACAGCAAAGAAGGCUCCAUUGUGGAUCCAUUAGUGCGAGUGGAGAUUCAUGGGACCCCUUCUGACAGUGCCAAGCAGGAAACCAAAUAUGUUGAAAACAAUGGUUUUAAUCCACACUGGGGUGAGUCCUUUCGGUUCUACGUGUGGGUCCCAGAACUGGCCCUUCUACGUUUUGUGGUGGAAGAUUAUGACAAGGCGACUUGGAAUGACUUUGUGGGCCAGUAUACACUACCUCUCACCAGUGUCAAAGCAGGAUAUCGCCACAUCCAUCUUCUUUCGAAGGAUGGCACUGGGAUUCCACCAGCAUCUCUGUUUGUCCACAUUCGGAUAGGAGAGUUGGCAACUGAGAACGACUAAAUCACAUUCCUGCAUACACACUAUGCAACUCUUCCUUCUCUGCCCCCUUUGGUUUGGAGAAUGAGGGUGAACGAAGGAGACAAGAAUUAAGUUUUUUUUAAAAUCACCUCGAACUUCUAUGCAGAAUGGGAUUUGGACAAAAAACAUUGUUUUCCACUACUAUAUAUAUAUAUUUGAAAAGAAAUACCAAUUGUAUUAUUUUGCUUGUUUAUUUUUAUGACUGUAGUUUGUUCAGGUCUCACCUUAUAAUCUACCUCCGUCUUGUAAGAAAUCCAGCCCACCCCGACAGAGCAAAAUUCUUUUAACAAUGUUUUUUGUAAUCAAGGACUUACCAGAAGAGCUUUGUUAAAGUACCAUUCACCAAGCCUUGAGCCAGCAGAACUAUAUGCUGGCAUAAAUUCUGCUGCUUUUAUUGCUGAUUGGUAUUCUGCAACAGUAAUAGACUGAUGAAAGCUUUGUCCUAUUGUGGGCCAAUACUAAGAAAUGAACUGAUGUAUUUUUUUCCCCAGCCUGGUUUCUCUUGGUUCUAGUAGGAAAACAAUCACUAAUCACUCUCCCUUAUACAGGUUAGAACUGGGUGACUGAAGGAAGGUGCUUAAAUGAUGAAUUAGCCACCUGUCAGAUAGGGAGGGAUAUGUGGAAUAAAGCAGGAAGAAGUGUCUGCAAUCUUCCUGUUUUGUACAACUCUUUCUCUUCAAUUGUAACACAACAAGCAAGUUUUUUCUAAAAACAAGACUACUACACUGUAGAAAGAGUAUAAAACCCCUGUCCAAAGAUAAUGGGGCUGAGAGGUAUAGAAAGGAAAGGAGAUGACCUUGACAGAAUCAUUAGCCAGGCAAAAGAAGCUGAAACAUUUUUUUAAGCCUUGGGAAAGAAGAUAAUAUUCAGGAGCAGAUGCCUCCCUAAUCACUAGAUUAUAAGAAAAAGGAGUGGGGGAGAUUCAACACAGUCAGAUUUAUAAGUAAGUAAAUCCCACUAAGUAAAACCAGAGAUCAACUCUAUAGAUAGAUUAGAACUAUAUUUAUUGAGAUUGGCUAAACAGAUAGUCCUUGCUUAUCAACCACUUCUUUGGCGUCUAUGCAAAGUUAUAACAGCACUGAAAAAGAAGACUUACAACUAACUGGUUCCUAGAAAUUGCAGCUUUUGCAGUUUCUCCAUGGUCACUUGAUUGUGAUUCAGCCUUUGGCAACCAGCGAGCAUUUACAAUGGUCACAGCAUCCUAUGGUCAUGUGACUACCAUUUGCCCCCUUCACAACCAGCUGCCAACAAAGUCAGUGGCAAAGCUGGCAAGAAGUCACAGUCACACAUUACACUUAAUGAUCCACAGUGAUUCUCUUAGCAACCAUAACCAGCAAUUUGUGUUGCACCCUGGAUAUAUGUAUUACUGAUUAAAGUAGGUUAAUUGAACUUAACCCUGGCCAAGCCUCUUUUGAGGCAGCAGACAGCCUGCUAAAGCUGUUGACCCUGAAACAAGGGACUUUUGUUUUAUCCUAGCUUUUGAUCUGGUACUCUUGUCUGUUUCCUUCCCUCCCUCCCUCCCUCCCUCCCUCCCUCUCUCUCCCCCCAUAUGUAUGAUUAGGGGUUUGUCAAGAUCCCAUUAGAUCCCUUCCAAUUCAUGAAAGCUAAACUUUUUUGAGUUAGGAUGCCCAUGGUAAAAUCUUUUAAGUUGUGUGUGAACCUGACAUGUGUAACACUGUGAUUUGUAUUUUCCACUUGGAAGCAGUAUGGAUGCCAUCAAUACUAUAAGCAUAUGAAUUUGGGUGAUUUCUUUUAGGCAAGAAAUAACAAGAACAUACUCCACUGAUGUUCUUUUUUGAAGAACCUUCAUCAAGAGGUUGGAGGACCAAAAUAAUAGAGUUGGAAGGAGCCUUGGAGGUCUUCUAGUUCAACCCCCUGCUCAAGCAGGAAACCCUAUACCAUUUCUGAUCAAUUUCUUUUCUGAAAUCAGUGGAGCAGACUUUCUCUCUAGCAUUUGUUACCAGGAAACCUUUGACGGUCAGCUGUAAUCUAAUACUAGUCUUAAAAAAAGAAACCAAUGAGCUAGGAUCAAAUUGAGAAUGCUGAAAUUCUAGCAAAAGAUGGUUAUGGAUACUAUUUUUUUUCUAUGGCUCCUGUAGAACAAAAAAACUUGGGAACAUUACAAAAUGGUUUGAAAUCUGCCUUUCCUGGUACAUUGACGUUGCUCACCGGCCAUCAACUAUUUCAGCUUUUUACAUUAUAUUGAGAGACAGCUUCUCUCAUGUAGGGUGUUUGUUGGAAAUAGAGAUUAGCAGCUGGAAUGCCAAUUCCAGAAUCUAAAGAAACAAAAUGGAUAGCUAAAAUGUAAGAAAGAGGGAAAUUGCAUAUUGUCUGUAGAUUGAGGAGCAUACCAUUAGAAUUUCAUUUGUACCUACUCUAAUCAAAAGGACCAAUGUAGCCCUAAAGAUCUAUUUCAAAGCUAUCUUAUCUGGUUAUAGCUAGCUCGUGUGCUAUGGACACCAUAUCCAUAUUUUGCUCUCUAGCUCACCUAAAUAUCCAAGACGCUUGGCUUUCAACAUGGUUGUGCUUAAUUUAAUAUCUAACACAAUUGCAGUGUGUGCAACACUCCCUGGAAUGCCAUUGCCUCUCAAGUAUGGCUUUUUUUGUAAGGACCUAUAGAAAUUGUUUUAUCCAAAUAAAUGUAUUACUUAAAAGAAUGGUUCAAAUUACUUUUAAAGUACAGGGGUUUUAUUGUUUUUAUUUUUUAAUUUCAAAAUGGAUGUCAUUGCAAUGUUUAUUAGUGUGUUAGAAAAGAAAGCUAGUCUUGAUGGGUAACAGUGAUCGUAACCCCAGUCGCUGAACCUCGCUAACAUUAGUUUCAUUAGGAAUCUAUCAAUGUAACAAGAUGGAUUCCACAGAACCUAAGCUUCCUAUUCCCCACUUCAGAUGCUUUGAUUCCAUGCAAAAUACAGGAAGAAGUUUAAAAAGUUAGAAAACAUUCAUCAGCUUCUCCUUAUGCUUCUGGCAUAUUUCCCCAAAUGUAGCAAUCCUUCAGCGUAAGUGAAGGACCCUUGAAAGUCUAUUUAAUUAUGUUUAGAUUCGUGUUUCAAACUCAAACCAGGAUAGAGGAAGAAUCACAGAAGUUACUUUUAAAAUUAAAAACAAGUUUGGUGCAAGCAAUUUCUGUUAAACUGUCAGAAAAUAGAGACAUUCAGGGUAUCUCUUUUGUAUGAUUCAUUUUUUAAAGUAGAGCAGAAAGUCUCAUAUAGCCUGAUCUUAUGCUUGUUCAAUCAAAGCUGUAACAUUUAGUCCCUGAGCUGUUUGCAUAGGAUUGCAUCUUGUUGCAACAGACCUUCCUACUACCGAUGCAAGGUUAUGUAAUACAUGCAUGGAGGUAUAAACAAAUUAAAGGAAAAGGAGAUAUAAACAACAGGAGCCAUCUGAGCAAGAAAGAACUAUAGACUCCGAUGGUGAAGCUAAAAUUAUUGCUUCUUUCGUUUUGCUACUUUUGUAUGCUUGCUUUUGAUUGUACAAUUUCAGUUUAUUUGGCUGAUGAACUGCAGACAGAAUAAAGAAGAAAAACUGAAGGCUGUAUAUAAAUGGGACAAAGAAACCAUUAAACCUUUUAUGCCCCAAACA